CCUGUCAACUCAAGUUUACCCGGUGUACGCGGAAUCUCUGAAUGCGAAAUUAUUACUUCGUGAAUUUAUAAAUGAAAGACAUCGAAAUUACCAAGUUUCUCGUGUCAUUCACGGGUCAAAUUGAAAAUGUGUUGUUCCCGGCGGGUGUAUUCGACGAGUUGUUGUAUAUUCAAUAUGAGGCUGUAUGGGGCCCCGAUUGGAGUCCGGUGUCGGGUUUAACAUCAGGGAAUAGUCAGAUGGCUCGUUCAGGAGCCAAUCCUGAAAGGGUAGUCUUUAAUAUGCCUUUGGAGAUGGUUUUCAGCAGCACAAAUGUGUCAGGAUGGCCCCAACUGGUGAUCACAGUCCGCGCACAGAACACGAUAGGCGGGGACACGCUGCGCGGCUACGCGUUAGUUCCACUGCCGGCCACCGCGGGCGCGCGGGCGUGCGCGGCGCCACUGCUGCGCCCUCUGGCCGCGACCAUGCUAGGCGAGUGGCUCGCCUGGCUCACUGGCAGGCAUCCUGAACUCGCAGAGCCGAGGAUGCUGGCUUCUGGAAAAGAGAAUUAUUUGUUAAGAACCGAGUCGUAUGGGACAGUAGAGGUGCGAACGUCCAUGGUGUCCAAGGAUUUCAGGCGGCUCGGGUACGACAACCAACCAUCGUCUAACGAGACUUAUAACUCUUGAUAUUUUUAUAGGCAAGUUUCGUGAGUUGUGAAUAUCUAGUGCAGUUGCGCCAAUUACACUCACACUUAAGUAGUCCAGCCAUCAUCCUGUAGAAAUCCGUUACUAUUUUAAUUGGGAAUGUAUUGUAAUUAAAGGAGUAUCCAGACGGGACUGACGAAAUCAGUCGAUUUGUUCAGGAAAAUAAUUGGUCAAUCUCAUCUAGCGUCCACACGUACACAAAUUAAAUCAUCAAUUUGCAUUCUACUAUGAAAAUUGGCAUUUUUGUGUCCGCACCUGCUGAUGUGAUCGGGGAAUCAAAUUGGUAUUUGCGUCCGCACGGCCCUGUUCGAUCGGAGAAUUAGAUCAGAUUGGCGAAAAAUUGUCUCGUCUGGAUACAACUUAAUUAUGGUUUAGUAUAGUGCAAUCGGCUCUGUAUGACUUGAAUAUGGAAUAA